AUGAAAUUCUCCCUUGUGGCUCUCGCAGCCAUUGCGCCCAUGGUCUCAGCCCAUUAUUUCUUCGACACCAUCAUCAUUGACGGUAAAGAAGCUUCCGAGUAUGUCCGGUCCAAUACUCGUCCCGCGAAGUACAACCCAACCAAAUGGGUCAACACCCGCGACGACAUGACCCCUGAUGUCCCUGACUUCCGCUGCAAUAAGGGCGCCUUCAGCUUCGCUGGCCAAACCGAUACCGCUGAGGUCAAGGCCGGAUCCAAGGUUGCCAUGAAGCUUGCCGUUGGUGCUAAAAUGCAGCACCCUGGUCCUGCCCUCGUGUACAUGUCCAAGGCUCCUACCACCGCCAAGGAAUACCAGGGCGAUGGUGAGUGGUUCAAGAUCCACCAAGAGAGCGUCUGCGACAAGACCAAGGACUUUACCAAGGAUGCCUGGUGUACUUGGGACAAGGAUCGUAUUGAGUUCACGAUUCCUGCGAGUUUGCCUGAUGGGGAGUAUCUGAUUCGGCCGGAGCACAUUGGAAUUCACGGUGCCGCGGGUGGACAAGCCGAAUUUUACAACUCCUGUGCUCAAGUCAAGGUUGUUGGUGGUGGCAAUGGAACCCCCGGACCUACGGUCAAAUUCCCCGGUGCUUACAAGAAAGACGACCCUUCGUUCAACUUCAGUAUCUGGAAUGGCUACAAGGAUUAUCCUAUGCCUGGUCCGGAGAUCUGGACCGGUCAGUCGGACUCUAGCUCAGCUUCUAAGGUGGUUAGCAGCAACGGUGCAGCUGCCGCUACUACUUCAAAUGGGCAAUCUGAGGACGCCUUCACUCGUUGCGCACGCUCGUGCUUCCAGUUCCUAUGA